AUGCCCAGUACCGGCAGCAAGGGCGGCGUCAUCAUUGCAGGGACCAUCGGCAACUCUACGAUUAUCGACAUGAUGAUAAGUCAGGGCAAGUUCGAUAUCAGUCCGAUCUUGGGCACUUGGGAGGCUUACUUGACGGCUGUGAUUUCUGAUCCUAUGCCUGGCGUCUCCGAGGCUGUGGUAAUUGCAGGGUCAAAUCGCAGAGGGACUGUCUACGGCUUGUACAGCAUUUCCGAGCAAAUUGGCGUUUCCCCAUGGUACUACUGGGCCGACUCACCACCACAACAGCAUAGCACUAUAUAUGCUACAGACAUCAGCGUCAUCCAGGGCUCACCGUCCGUCAAGUACCGUGGCUUCUUCCUCAACGACGAAGCACCAGCGCUCACAGGCUACAUCGAUGCCAAGUUUCCACCUUCACCGUGGGGUCCCGGCUUCAACGCAGACUUCUACAAGACGGUCUUCGAGCUUCUACUCCGCCUACGAGCCAACUACCUCUGGCCAGCACAAUGGAAUAGCAUGUUCAACGUAGAUGACCCUCGCUCGCAAGCACUUGCUGACGAAUACGGGAUCGUGAUGGGAUCGUCACACACCGAGCCGAUGAUGCGAGCAACCAAGGAAUGGAACGUUUUCGGUAACGGCCCAUGGCAAUGGAACCUCAACAACAACUCCAUCUACCCAUUUUUCGUCGAAGGCGCACAGCGUACCAAACCAUACGAAGGUGUCUUGACCAUGGGCAUGCGCGGUUCAGGAGACACUGCGCUAGGUGCAGGCAUUGAGACAGACCUCCUCGAGAACAUCAUUCAGAACCAGACGGCCAUUCUGGAGGCAAUCUGGGGCAACGCUUCCGUGCAGGAUCCAAAUAUUGUGCCCCAGAUGUGGUGCCUGUACAAGGAAGUUCAAGGCUACUAUCAAGCUGGCAUGCAGGUGCCGGACUACAUACAGCUCCUCUGGACAGACGAUAAUUUUGGCAAUAUCCGUAGGCUACCGCUGAGCAAUGAGACGAGCCGCAUUGGCGGAGCCGGUGUUUAUUAUCAUUUUGACUACGUGGGAGAUCCGCGGGAUUACAAAUGGAUAAACACUGUUCAACUGCAAAAGACGUGGGAACAGAUGCACCUUGCUUACGAGAGAGACGCCAGACAAAUAUGGGUCGUGAAUGUUGGAGACCUUAAGCCACUUGAGCUCCCGAUCAGUCAUUACUUCGAUCUGGCCUAUGAUAUCUCCCUUUGGGACCAGAAUAGCGUACCGGCAUGGCUGGAAAUGUGGGCCGCCCGUGAAUUUGGCCCAGCGGUCGCCUCGCAGACAGCCGCACUGAUGAACAACUAUUCCGUUGCGGCCGGACGAAGGAAGUUCGAGCUGGUGGACCCAACCACGUACAGUCUGAUCGAUUACAAUGAAGCCGACAACGUGCUGGCGCAGUGGCAGGCAAUGCAGGUUUCAGCCCAGAGUAUCAUGAACAGCUUACCCAACGCCACCCAACCAGCUUUCUUCGAGAUGGUAUACCAUCCCGUUACUGCUGGCUAUGUUUAUUACGACAUCAUGAUCUCAACCGCAAGGAACAAUUUAUAUGCCGAGCAGGGCCGGAACAGUGCCAACGCGGUCGCACAGCAUGUGCUGCAGCAAUUCGCACAAGACCAUGCGCUGACGGUGCAGUACAACACGCUGCUGAACGGCAAGUGGGCCCAUAUGAUGGAUCAAACUCACAUUGGAUAUACGUACUGGCAGCAGCCGAUGAGGCAAGCUUUGCCAGGGCUGCAAUAUGUCGCAACCUCGGAGCGAGACCUUGCAGGCGACAUGGGAGUUACCAUCCAAAACAGCAACGCAACAGUGCCUGGAGAUGACAUGUACCACACCUUGUCCUCCAACAGCUUGUCGUUCACACCCUUCGAUCCGUACGGUGUUAGCAGCCAAUGGAUUGACAUCUUCAGCAUGGGCACCAAAGCUUUUACAUGGAACAUUACCGCCAAUGCAUCGUUUGUGACCUUCUCGCAAUCGUCAGGCUCGCUUUCUCCGAAUGGUACGACCGACAUCAGAAUCUGGGCGACCGUCAAUUGGUCGCAAUGCCCGCCUGGAAGAGGCAUGGUGGUUAUUAACGUCACCACAACCGAAUCCCAGCCUACUAUGUAUGACCAGCAGACCCUGUACGGAACGCAAUACGCCAUGCCGCAGCUUAUGUUGCCGUACAACAAUACUGUUAUCCCGAGCUCGUUCCAAAACGGCUUCGUCGAGAGCGAUGCGCACAUCACGAUCGAAAUGGAACAUUGGAGUAACAUCACCACACCUAGCGCUUCAGGCCCGGCUGUCAAUUACACCGUCAUUCCAGGCCUCAGCCGCACACUAUCAGGGGUCACGCUGUUCCCGGUCACGGCACCUUCGCUCUCCACCACAACCGGUCCGGCUUUGACAUACAACCUCUACACCUUCUCCCAGAACACCACGUUUGGCACAGGCAAUCUGACUGUCACGAUCGCAACCACAACAUCUCUGAACACCAUCCCUGAUCGUCCGCUCCGGUACGCCGUGCAAUUAGACAACCAAACGGUGAAGACUGUCCAAUACAUUAUCGAUCAGCCUGCGGGAGCCAACCCGACAAAUUGGGGCACGGCAGUGGCCAACAGCGCCUGGGUUAGUAGCACCAACUUCACGUACACAGGCCCGGGGGCGCACACAUUGAAGGUCUGGGCGCUGGAGCCAGCGAUGGUGCUGAACACGGCAUGGAUCGAUUUGGGUGGAAUCAGGCCGAGUUAUCUCGGCCCGCCCGAGAGUUAUCGGGUUGCUUGA